ACCCCAUCCCAUCCCAUCCAUCCCACCUACCUCCAUUUCAAAACAACGCAAAGCUUCCCGUCUUCCUCCCCCACUCCCCGCUUCCCUUCCCUCCUCUCCGCUCCAAACCCUAGCCAGUAGUACCCGCCGCACAGAUCCCGCCCCGCUUCCCCGGCCGCGCCUCCGUCCGUGCUCGACGCGCCUCGUCGCCGGCUCCCGGAUGGACCCCGCGGGGCCGCGCGUGACCACGGAUCCCGCCGGAUCGGCCGCGCCGCCGCCCAAUGAAUUGGGCGGGAGGGGUGCUUCCAGCGGCGGGGCUGCUGCGGAGGGGAGCGCGUCGCAGCCGGCGGCGGUCGGAUCGGGAGAUCUGAGGGCAGGAGUUGCGGAAUCUUCAGAUCAAGCAAACGAGUGUUUGCAACCAUGUAACAAGAAGGAUAUUCCUCAAUUGAUUUCUGAAGGUGCCACGGCCACGCGAUGUGAAGAUAGAGUGUCUUUGCUACCUCAGACUGGGGCACUUCAGGCAGACGCUGCUUGUCUGACCUUGGGUCGUGAUUCCAAUGCAGCAACGUUGGAGAAGCUGCAUGGUAGCGAUUCUUUGGCUCCUGGUAAAGAGAACAUUGGGACAGAUCUCCAACCUAAGUCUGAUGCAGAACACGAUGAGAAUAGGAUGAGUGCCGUGGGUCUUGGAUUGGACCUGAACAUAGCAGAUAAUUCUGAUGCAGCAGAGCUUAAUCCCUUCUCCCCUUACAAGAAGUUGGGGCAGUCAAAAGUUAGUGAUCCAUCCGAAUGUGCCAGUACUACUGGUGCUGCAGAAGAAAGUGAGUCGCACAGAAAGUGGAGAGAAAUGAAGCGGAAUGGCUUUCUCUCUUCAUCUCAUGGAACUGCAGCAGUGCCUAAGCCACGUGGUCGACCCCCCAAAAGGAAAAGGGAUGAUGAAUUCAAAAGGAGCACUUCUAUACAUAAUAGACAGACUAACAAGUUUAUGAAGGUUGCUGCUCCUAGUGGCCUAUUAUCUGGGCUAAACCCUGGAAUCAUAAAUCAUGUGAGAAAUAGCAAGCAAGUUUACUCCAUAAUAAAGGCUAUGGUACACUCGGAGAGGCUUGAGAAUGAGAACCAGCCUGUUUGCACUAGUCGAACAGGUGAAAGAGAGAAAGAAGUCAGUGAGAGAAUUCAGGAGCAGAAAUAUGGGGGCAGUUUAAUGAAGUGCCAUUUCAUGAUGAAAGAUAAUAAUGUGGCGUUUCACCAAGUACUGCCUACUGCAUCACAGUUCCUUCCAGAGGAUGGCGAUAAUCUUAAACUGCGACUCUCAUCAGCAGUCACUAUGGCUUCAGAUAGGACCUGCAGUACAUCAAGUGAUGAUCUGGCAUCUAAUCAUGAUUACAUGACUUUAUUAUCUGUAAAAGCGGCCAGUGUUGCUUCUCAGUGGUUGGAAUUACUGCAUCAGGACAUAAGAGGGCGCCUUGCUGCUUUGAAGCGCAGUCGGAAGAGAGUCAGGAAUGCCAUUCACACGGAACUGCCGUACUUAGUAUCAACAGAAUUUUCAUCUAAUCAAGAGAAUGAAUCAUCGAUUGCAAAUUCUUCUGAAGCUGGAUGUAUUGACAAAGCAGUUUCAGAAGCACAUGUGGCACGAUGGAGGUCUCUCUUUGUUCAGAUGGACAAAGCACUUCAGGAGGAGGGGAAACACCUGGAGAACCGGUUGAAGCAAGUGCAAGAAAUGCAAUUGAAUUGUGAUAAAGGCCUAAAACACAUGACCUGCGAUGGUCCACCGCUAGGACCUAUGGCUGAAUUAUGGAAGCUGAAGAACCCGGAGAUUUCUGAGAGCGAGUGGGCAGUGCAAGCCGCUGCGGCGUCAAUCUACUCGACGUGCAACAUGGUCAUGAGAACCGAAAACGUGCCUUGCUUCUGAUCUCACAUUUGGAAAUAAUUUCGCUUUGCUGAUCUUUACCUCAAUAUUAGGUUCCCUUUCUUACCUUUAGCCUUGUAAGUUGCAAUCCCUUAUUGGUUACAGUAGUGGUGAGUGCCGCUUGCUGUAACGUGAAAACUUGUCCUGUAUGUUGUUCCCAAGUUACUAUUUCACAGGCACGUGAAAUAACAUAUUCAUUUUAUGGAGUUCAGAAUCUUCAAUGCUA